AUGGAUCUUUCAAACCAUACGAGAGUGAAUGAAUUCAUUAUCACAGGGUUCCCCACCCUGCAAAAGAUAAGAGUACCGUUAUUUGUUCUGGUCUCAAUAAUGUACACACUAUCGCUAAUAGGGAAUAUGGUCAUAGUCUUUAUCACCAGAUAUGAACCCUCUCUCCAUACACCCAUGUACUACUUUCUGGGCAACUUUUCCUUUCUGGAGAUCUGUUUUACCUCAGUCACAGUCCCAACAAUGCUGGUUGACCUCAUGAGGGAAAAGAAUAUUGUAUCCUUCAACAAUUGUCUUGCCCAGAUAUAUUUUUUCCACGGUCUUGGCGGUGUUGAAUGCCUACUUUUAGCUGCUAUGGCAUAUGAUAGGUAUGUGGCUAUACGAUCCCCUCUGAGGUAUAACACCAUUAUGAGUAGUACUGUUUAUAUUCAACUUACUGCCUGGUGCUGGAUCAUUGGUUUGGUCCUGCCAUUAAUACCAGUGAUUCUUAUCUCUCGGCUCAACUACUGUGGCAGCAAUGUGGUGGAUCACUUCUUUUGCGACAUCUUGCCUUUGUUGAGGCUGGUCUGCAAUAGGACCCAAUUGAACGAGAUGCUGAGUUUCUUCAUCUGCUCAUUUAUCCUUGUUGGCUCUUUCACAAUAACUAUAGUUUCUUAUGUUGCCAUCAUUAUCACUGUUCUGCGCAUCCCAUCUCCAGCUGGACGCAAAAAGGCCUUCUCCACUUUUGCCUCUCACUUGACAGUGGUUGGUAUUUUCUAUGGAACAAUGAUGUUCAUAUAUGUCAGGCCCACCCGAAACCUUUCCUUCAAUAUGGACCAGUUAGUGGCUGUGUUCUACUGCUUGGUUACGCCAGUCUUAAAUCCUAUUAUAUACAGCCUCAGGAACAAGGACGUGAAAACAGCCCUUAAGAAAGUUCUCUUUGCAAAGAGGUGA